AUGGCUUCCUCGCUCUCUCCACCGGAGGUGCCGAUGGAACUACAUCGUCUCAACAGAGACAAGCUGCUGAAAUCUUUACGUGAUCACCUCUCUGCGUCAUCGCGUCCUCACCAUAGUUUCGUUCUUCUCCAGGGCGGUGAGGAAAAAACUCGAUACUGUACUGAUCACACCGAACUGUUUAGACAGGAGAGUUAUUUUGCUUACUUGUUUGGAGUUCGAGAACCUGGCUUCUAUGGAGCUAUUGAUGUGGCUAGUGGGAAUUCCAUUCUAUUUGCUCCGAGAUUGCCUUCUGAAUAUGCUGUUUGGUUGGGAGAAAUAAAGCCUUUGUCCUACUUCAAGGAAAGAUACAUGGUUAGCACCGUGUACUAUACUGAUGAGAUUACAAAAGUGUUGCAUGAUCUGUACAAAGGACAUGGAAAACCAUUGUUGUAUCUGUUGCGUGGGCUCAACACUGACAGCAAUAACUUCUCCAAGCCGGCAGAGUUUGAGGGAAUUGAGAAGUUUGAGGUCGAUAUGGACACCUUACAUCCGAUUUUGACUGAAUGCCGUGUCUUAAAAUCAAAGCUCGAACUUGCUCUUAUACAGUUUGCCAAUGAUAUUAGCUCAGAAGCACAUGUGCAGGUAAUGAAAAAUGCUAGAGUGGGUAUUAAAGAGUAUCAGCUUGAAAGCAUGUUUCUUCAUCAUACCUACAUGUUUGGUGGAUGUAGACAUUGUUCAUAUACAUGUAUUUGUGCCACUGGUGAAAACAGCGCUGUUCUCCAUUAUGGUCAUGCUGCAGCACCAAAUGACAGGACGUUGGAAGAUGGAGAUAUGUCACUGUUUGAUAUGGGUGCUGAAUACCAUUUUUAUGGUUCUGACAUUACUUGCUCCUUCCCUGUGAAUGGGAAAUUUACUCAUGAUCAAGCACUUGUAUAUAAUGCUGUUCUUGAUGCCCAUAAUGCUGUUAUCUCUGAGAUGAAACCUGGAGUUUGCUGGGUUGAUAUGCACAUAUUGGCAGAGAGAAUUGUCUUAGAGUCAUUAAAGAAAGGGGGACUUCUUCUUGGUGAUGUUGAUGCCAUGGUUUCCAAGAGAUUAGGUGCAGUUUUCAUGCCUCAUGGCCUUGGGCACCUCCUAGGAAUUGAUACUCAUGAUCCCGGGGGUUAUCUAAAGGGAGCUGAGAGACCUAAAGAAGCAGGAUUAAGGUCUCUGCGGACUAGCAGAGAACUCUUGGAGGGAAUGGUUAUAACUGUUGAGCCUGGAUGCUAUUUCAUUGACGCUGUGUUAGUUCCAGCCAUGGAAAACUCGGCUACAUCAAGCUUUUUCAAUCAUGAGCAGAUUAGGAGAUUUAGAGGCUUCGGCGGUGUCCGGAUUGAAAGUGACGUGUAUGUUACUUCAAGUGGUUGCGUGAACUUGACCAAGGUUCCACGAGAGAUUAAAGAUAUCGAGGCUGUCAUGGGAGGGGCACCUUGGCCUAUCAAAAGAACAACUUCUGACAACAAUGGAGAGCUAGUUCAUUGA